ACUGUGCUGCCUCCACUCCUCAUCACUCUGUCGCCUCCUCCCGAGCCGCACAGGCACAAAGCCACACAGACAACAUGCUCACUGACUCAGCUCGCGCUGUUUCGAAACUUUUAGUCUACUGACGCACCGCGGACAACCAUUUCCCACAGAUCUUCUUCUGAAAUGGCCCAGCACAACUACAGCUGCUAUUAUAAUGAGUCCAUGGGUUUCUUCUACAACAAAAGUGGCAGCAUUGACAGAUGGGACAAAGCCCAGCUCAUCCUGGUCCAGGUGGUGGGCUCGCUCUUCUGCUGUUUCAUCCUGGUCUCAAACUCUAUGGUCAUAGCUGCUGUCAUCACUAAUAAGAGGUUUCACUUUCCGUUCUAUUAUCUUCUCUCCAACCUUGCUGCCUCAGACUUCCUGGCAGGCAUAGCGUACGUGUACCUCAUGUUUAACACGGGGGAAGUGUCCCGGAAACUUACAGUGAGAGGAUACUUCAUCCGCCAAGGUCUUCUAGACAUCAGUCUCUCAGCCUCGCUUGCUAACCUGCUCGUGAUAGCCCUGGAGCGCUACAUCUCCGUCAUGAGCUGGAAGGUUCACAGCAACCUGACGAAGAGGAGGGUCACCCUGCUGAUCGUGCUGGUGUGGGCCAUUUCCAUCUUCAUGGGGGCUGUCCCCAGUCUGGGCUGGAACUGCAUCUGCAACCUGAGUGACUGCUCCCAGCUGGCUCCGAUCUUCAGCAGGAGCUACCUGAUCUUCUGGUCCCUGUCCAACCUGGUCGUCUUCCUUGUCAUGGUGGCCAUCUACAUGCGGAUCUACGCCUACGUCAAGAAGAAGACGUCCGUGCUCAUGCCGCACACCAGCGGCUCCAUCAACCGCAAGAGGACACCUAUCAAGCUCAUCAAGACGGUCAUGGUCGUGCUUGGAGCGUUUGUGAUCUGCUGGACCCCCGGCUUAGUUGUUCUCCUGCUGGAUGGCCUCAACUGUAGGACCUGCAAUGUCAUGAAAACAAAACGCUGGCUGUUGCUCCUGGCCGUGGCCAACUCCGUCAUGAAUCCCUGCAUUUACUCCUACAAAGACGAGGAAAUGUGGACAACUUUCAAGAACCUUAUGCGUUGCAUUGGCAACGGCACUCGCCGACAACGGUCAACCAAAGCGAACGCCAGGCCGCUGAGCUCUGGCCAGGAUACGGGAAAUAGUCAGCCACCUUCAGAAGAGAUGAAAAGUGACAAUCAGGAGAUACUAAAGACUUAAAAAAUGUGUGUACAUAUAUUUUUUUUCUAAAUCAUUUUUCGAACUUCUGACUCGGUCUGGCUGGAAGUACCUUAUGAAGACUCAGACUGGAGCUGACUUGAACACUUCUCCGCCGUUGGGUCCAGGUGACUUGGCCAAUGUAUAAAGUUUUCCCAUGGAGAUAUGCCGCAGUCAAACUGCUUUGGCGUUGAGCUGGAAUCGUAGUUAGAGAAACAAUUACAGAUAUUCAUGCACUAAUUCCUUUAAUUGAUGCAAAUAUGUUGCUUUGUCAGGGUUUGACCAAUUUCGGAAACAACCUUUCUGUGUGUGUAAAGGGGAGUUUCCUGUGGCUGUUUUCAUCCAAAGUCUUUUUUGUUGUUAAUUCUAUCUCGUUACAUACCCGAGUGUGUUAAAAUGUAUUCAGGCCGCGGUUCAGCGACUGAUUGAACGAAGUUUGUUUGAGAUAUGCAGUUAUACAUUUCCACCUUUACCCCCUGAAGGGUGAAGAUGUGCAAGUUACUCAUUUAAACAUUUGUAGAUCUGCUUGAAUUAUCUUGUAGGUUGACUUGAGGUUUACUUAAUUUGCUCAUGUGGACAAAAUAUUGUAAUGUAGGAACUAUUCAAGAGUGCAAAUUGUUUGUAGUCAGGCACCUGAGAAAUGGCUUGUAUAAGUGGGGCAUUGAUUUAUUUUCAGUUUUACACAUUACUGUUAUUUGCUGAGCUGUAACCAUCUGCUUGGUAGAGCAGAAGUCCAGUAACAUUUUGCACGAUCUUGACUGGGUUGUUUUCAUCAUUUUUUGUGAUUUAAUUUAAAGGAAAAGAAAAAAACACAACUUUCUAGACACUGUCAAGUAUUUUGGCCUCAGUAGAAGAAUCCCUCUUGUCUAUUUCCAGCUUUGGUCCUUUAAACAAACAAAUAAUCUUCCACAUGUUGCAUCUCUCUUUUUGACAAACUUGUUUCCCUUGUAGCAUUUUUACACAUCCGCCUCACCUCGCUGAGUGGCUGCUGUUGCUCUGAUGAAACAGCUGCUCACCUGAGAGUGUGGAAGGGUUGUAAAAACGAUGUCGCAACAUGCUGGAUUCCUGCUCGAGGCUGAGUACACAAUAGGUGCCUGCAGGAACCGACAAGGAUACGACUGAACAGAUUCCAACUCCCUUCGCACACAAACACAGAUACACACAAAGCCCUGCAGGCUGCUCUGAUGACCCCACUGCUAAAUCAUUUACAGGGUUCCGAUGACUUUUCUCACUUGUACAGUAUUUAUACACAUAGUUGCUGUAAAGAAGAAACCUUCAUUAAAGUUAUUUUGUUUUUAUU